AUGUCCAUGUAUCAGAACCUCGAAGAUGCAAUAUGUCUUAUGGCAUUAACCCCCUACCGUCUACCAAGCCUGGAAGAAUCGACACGAGAUACGGAAACCACAGAGAAUGAUAAAGUGUCACUUUCGGAUUCCAACGACGAAGAAUAUAACGACCUAGAAGAUCCAACGGUGUUGGGCACCGAUCCAGAACACGAAAAAUACGGCAUCGACCUAAAGAAUCAAUUCCUCGACCGGUUUGCCGAAACAUUAGCUCGUUUCAAGACCGACCCUAAAACCAAGACAAGGAAUGAUGCGAAACAUGUGUCCGCAACUAUGAUGGUCUGCCAUGAAGCCGAGAAGCACGUCAAGAUAUUCUGCGCUAAGAAUGAGGGGCUUGAGGAGGAAGAUGAGGGCUUUUUAUCUAGAUGGAAGUUACGAAUGGAAACUAUCGCGAGGAAAGGUUCGUUCGAUUUUUAA